CUAUAUUAUUUCAAACUAAAUAACUUAAUUAGUCUUAUUUUCUAACGAGACAGUUAGCACUUAGUGAGCUAUCCUUUCAGAGGUGGGCUAAAAAUACACGCACGCCUAAUUUGUCAAGCUAUCCGGCAGUGGCUAGCGUUAGCUUCCGGCCAUCUUCCGGGUUAGAGCACAACUCGUCGACAGAAAAAAUGGCGGAGGCUGUGGUUAAUGUGGCCCGCAGGAUCAAUGCAACAGUGGAGGAAGGAAGAGAAUAUCUGGAUUUAUCCAACUGUAAGCUCAUUUCCUUCCCUGAUGGAGUUUUCAAGGUUCUAAGCAGCGUGUCCGAGAACAUUCGGGUCAUCACAUUGGCCGACAAUGAACUGAAGGCCCUUAACAGCAAGUUCUUCUCCACAUUCACGCAGCUGAGAGAAUUGGACCUGCACGGCAACGCUCUCACCAAACUCCCUGACUCUUUGGAGGAGAUGAAGCACUUGACCAGCAUCAAUCUAUCACAUAACAACUUCUCGGUGUUUCCGGGUAAACUAACAGAAAUGUCCACUUUGGAGAGGAUUAACUUGGAAGAAAACAGCAUCACUGACGUACCGCUGGAGAAGCUAGCCGCCAUGCCCGCGCUAAAGUGGCUCAACGUGAUGUCGAACCCUCUAGACUCAAACACGCAAUCCGCUCUGAAAUCCCCACAAAAGUUUGACGUCUUGUCAACAAAGGAGUCCUAAAAACGAUGUUUACACGGGAUGUCCGCAUCCUGUGUGCGCAAUGAGAGAACACAACCUGGCAUCUGAAGCAUGGAGAUUUUUUAGCUUUUUUUUAAAAAUAUAUAUAGGCCCAGACAUUGACUUUUGGGUGGGAUAUUAUGGGAUGUAAUCGCCGACUUAUUAUUUUGGGUUGUAUAAAAGUUUUUCUUCUCCCAAUUUAUAACAUGGCAUGUUUUUUGUUGCCGUUUUUUCACUCCUGCAUUGGAUUUGAUUUAGGUGCAAAUUAA